AAUUCCCAUGUGAAUUCACAUCUUCUAUAAACAUGAAAAGGUAUCUCAGCACAAUCCUUUUGAACUUGCUGAAUUGUUUAUUUUCAUUUUCCAUCACCUGAAUUAGUUUUUAUUUACAUUUUACUUUUCAAGUUCUUUGAAGCAAAUUGCUUUGUUAUUCUCCCAUAUGGGAUAAUUUCAGCCUUUCAGGCCCAACAAAAGAAACCCAUUAUGGGCCAUGAACCAAACUCUGAGCUUCACAUUCAAACCACAACCCAAAAAAACCCGUGUAAUCAACCAUGUUUACCCUCCGCAAAACCCUAAAACCAUCAUCCAUCUUCACUACAGCCCACCGGCUAAUCACCACCGUCAAACUCCCGGAUCCACCGACCACCGCCGCAUACGACGACCAAAUCUACACCGCCGGCCGCGACCGAGACUUCGCCGCCGUCCGCCACCUCUUAAAUCACCGUCACGAAAACGGCUUCUUCACCACCACCAACACAUUCAACUUCAUCUCAACCGAUCUCACUGUUCUCAACGAUGUUCUAACAACCGUAUCAAAUCUCAACGAAAAAAACUGUCGCAAAAAGUCGUACGAAUCGCUUAUCACGCGCCUCUGCAAGUUGCAGUUAAUCGACGAGGCGUUGAGAGCGGCCGAAGCGGCGUCGGCCGGAGGAAUCCACGGCGGCGACGCCACCACUUUUCACCCGAUUCUCAGCUUGGUCACGCGGAAGAAGGAUUUUGACCUAGGGUGGCGCGUGGUGGAGAUUAUGGAAGCGAAUAACAUCGCGCGUGAUGUCACGUGCUAUAAUUUUUUUUUAACGGCGUAUUCUGUGUCUGGAGAUUUGAGGUCGAACGUCGUCGUUUUGAAGAACAUGGCGGAGGAAGGGCUGAAUGCGGACGCGAGGACGUACGACGCGCUGGUGCUGGGCGCGUGUAAGGUGGGGAAGAUGGAUGGGGCUGUGGCGAUAUUGAGGAUGAUGGUGGAUGAUGGAGUUGAGGCGCUGUACGCCACGUAUGCGCAUGUUAUUGGGGGCUUGGUAAGGCUGGACUAUUGUGCGCAGGCGGUGGAGUUUGUGAUGAGUUAUGGAGGUAAGGACAAGAAGUUGGACUCGCAUAAUUUUGGGUUGUUGGCCACUCGGUUAAUAGGUGUGAAAAAAGUAGAAGAAGCUAAGUAUGUACUGGAGGAAAUGGUAAAUAGGGAUUUGUAUAUGAGUGAAAAUUUGCAAAAGUAUUAUAGUGAAAAUGUUAAAUAAAUUUUGUAUUUCAACUUA